GUGUCAAGAGAAAAAUCAAAUAUGGCGCCAUUGAUAGUCUAUUAACAGUCAAGGUUUUACUUUAUUUUUUUAAAUUGACAGAAUAUUUUUAAGACUAAAAUUAUCAUGGUGGAACCGGGCUGCAGUGGAAGUUCUGUUCGGUUCUUCUGCACCGCCGGGAAUGGAAUGGAGACUUUUCUGACGGAGGAAGUGAAGAAGAAGCUCUUAGCUGAAGACGUGUGUCAGAUUCCUGGAAAAGUGUUGUUCAGCUCUUCUGCAGCGAUCCACAGAGUAACAAGCCUGAAAGCAGCAGAACGGCUCUUCCUUUUGUUAAAGAAGGACUCGCCUCUCAGGAUGCCAACCCGCUGCAGCCGAGCAGAGGCCGCCUCUUUGCUGCAGUCCAGGCUGUUGGCAAACCGGGAUCAGUGGAUCGGCGCUGCAGUGACAUGGAGCCGCCUGCAGAGGGAGCUUUUAGCCAGCAAAGGCCUGGGAGGAACAGCACGGAGUCAGAGGGGGGGAGGGACUGAAGACUUUGCAGCGUCAAAAAAACACAGAUCUGAGCUCAGAGAGCCACAGAGGGAAGAACAACAUGUAGAAAAGCCACCAGAGAAGAAAAGGAUGAAGGAGGAUGGUGCAGAAGCGGAGAUAAAGAUGGAGUCCAACAGCUUCUGCAGCAAAAUCUGUCUCACAGGAGAUGAUGAGGCUUCAGAGAGUGUGGAAAAUGUAUCCUUUAGGAUCAGCUGCAAAUGCAGCGGAUCUGUCUCCAGGAGCUUCAGCUCACAGGAGGUGAGCAGAAUGAUGGGAGCUGCUGUGAGCAGACUGCUGGGCUGGAAGGCUGACCUGAAGAAUCCUCUGCUGGAGGUCAGUCUCCACCUGAGCGACGAUUACUGUCUGCUUGGAAUUCCACUGACCAGGUUACCUUUGGCGAACCGCAGCUACAUCAAAACAACCGGACUGAGGUCCACUGUGGCCUGGGCCAUGGCAUCACUGGCUGACAUACAGCCGGGGUUCUCUGUGGUUGAUCCGAUGUGCGGUGUGGGAACCAUCCUGAUUGAAGCAGCGCAGGAACAUCAGGAUGCCUGUUUUGUGGGUGUGGACAUCGAUGACGGACAGCUGCAGAGGGCCAAUCACAACGUAUUAUUUGCACAUCUGGGGAAGAGUAUACAGCUGCUGAAAGCCUCAUCUAUGGGGCUGCCUCUGCUCAGCGGCACUGUGGACGCCGUGGUCUGUGAUCUGCCGUUUGGGAGGAAGUUUGGCAGCAACACCAAUAUGGCUGCUGACCUGCCGCUCAUCCUUUGGGAAAUGGAAAGAAUCCUUUGUCCUGGAGGGACUCUCGUUGUCCUCCUGAGUCCUCAGUUGUCGUGUCUCCUAAAGAAGCUCCUGACACAAGAACCCGCUGAGCCAGCAUUGGAGCAGAAAGCAGAGCCUCAAGCCGUGGCAGCGAGCUGCCUGUCGUCCAGCUCUCCGCCCGACCAGCAGCUCCACAGUCAAGACAGACGUCCAGCUGCUGGUCUUCAGCAACGCCAGCCCCCCCGCCGGUCUUCUCUGAAGCACCAGGCCACGUUCAGGGUCAGCUUAGGGGCCAUCGACGGACUGAUUCAGAAAUAUGUCAAAACGUGAUCGCUGUUGGUAAACGUGCUCAUCAUGAUGAUCAUGAGCAUGUUUGCUGUGUGGAGAAAACUGACUGAAUCAACACAUUACAGCCCAAAACGGAGAAGAGGAGCUUUUGAAUUAAAUUACAUUUGUUGUCUACAAAUCUGGUAGAAGUUCAGAUGUGUUGUAUAAUGCAGUGAGAAACUAUAUAUUUUUUUUAGUUUUUUUCCACCACUAAUAAAAAGUAGAUGGAGCUUCACCUCACACUAGAGACUGCAAUGUUUAGCUUUUUUUUGAUACUGGUAAAGAAUUUAAAUACAUUUUUACUGUAUAUGUGAA